UGUAUUACUGUAUUUUCCAAUUUGGCUAUAUAUAGUACGAAAUUAUUUUCAAUAACCGCUCAUAAGUUUUCCCUAUUUUUCAGUUUUAUUACUCAGCUUGUCACUUGGUCAGCAUAUCACUCAACUACGUAUAUUUUCGUGAUUACACGUGUAAGUAAGUGUACAGCGAAACUACGCAAAACCUUUUUUUCCCCCUUUCUUUUCUGACAGUCAUGUUUAUGGAUCAUGACAUCAGCCGAAUGGUUAGGUUAAGCGAAACAUGUUUAAUUUUUCCAAAGGAAAACUCUAUUCUUGCCCGAGAUAACUUUGGACUUUUAAUGUAGAAGACGCCAGCUGUUUUUGCACGGUUUUACGUUGAUCAGUAUCAACAAAUUGAUGUUCAGGAAACUGAAGGAUGUCUGACAAGAUUCCAAAAGGUGCAGACAACAUGCCGAGGGAGGACAACUCUGGCCUGUUUGUAAAGAUUCCUCGAAAAGAUUUUAACAUUAUAAUGCGACAGCAUCUUGCAUCAAAAAAUUUAUAUGCUUACCUGCAAGAUGUGGCAUGUGAAAACAAACGUCUCCUGCAGAGAAACGCCACUCUCGAGAAAGCCAUUCUCCGAACAGGAAAGCAGAUCAGUGAGCUUGUAAUGACUAGAGGUCGACACUGCGAGUUCACCGAAUUCUCAAGUCUACCAAGCUGUUUACAGGACCAUCGCCUGAACCAGUACUGUGAUGUGCAGAAGGAAGUGAACAAAUUAAUGGACACAGUUAAAGACCAAUCAGACCUCAGUGACCGAGAUAAAAUGCCAGUGUUGCAUGUAACGGACACUCAGAGUGUCUCGCUGAAAAGUCAGGUGUUUUUCCCGCCGUCUAUGAGCAUCCGGGCAGAUGAAGAAAAGUCUGACGAAUUGAAGACGUUAACUGCUGAUGAUGUUGUUGCAGAUGGUUCUGAGAAAAUGUUGUCACUGCAGGACACGAUGUCGGUGAAUUCUGGGGUUUCAAGACAGUAUUUCAAUAUCAUUGUUAGGGAGCUUGCCAAGUGUAAGAGAUUCAUUCAACAGCUUUUGAUUAAAAAUGGAGAAAAACCUAAAGAUGUUAUGAAUGUUGUUCACCUGAAGGAACUGGUUCAAUCACUGGAGGAGACUAACAGUCGACUCCGAGAAUCGAACCGUCAGCUAGAAGACCUGCUAGAAUCAAAGUCACAAGACCGGACCUUGAUGGGUCUGCAUGAAAAGGUUCAGAAGCUGGAGAGGCAGCUGAAUUUGAAGGAGAAGACCCUGAAGGAGCUGAACAAGCAGUGUGACUCCUUGAAGGCAUCGAUACAGCCAGACGACUCAACUUGUGACUCCUUGAAGACAUCCAUACAGCCAGAUGACUCAACUUGUGACUCCUUGAAGACAUCCAUUCAGCCAGAUGAUUCAACUUGUGACUCCUUAAAGACAUCCAUACUGUCAGAUGACUUGACACGUGAAUCUUUAAAGACAUCCAUACGACCAGAUGAUUCAACUUGUGACUCCUUGAAGACAUCCAUACAGUCUGACUUCUCAACACUAAUGGCUGCCUCGAGUCUACACAAGACCGAGAAUUCUUCUUCUCAGACGGAUGUUAUGAAGAGUUCACAACAUUGUGUAUCAGUUCAGACUGAUGACGAAUCAACCAAGAGUGAUGAUGUAUGUGGUGAAGAUGGUGGGCUGUCAAAACCAACAGAGGUUUCUGAUGCUGUCCAUCAUAGAAUCGCUGACCUUGAAAUACUGGUGGCAGAUUUAACUACAGCCAUCAGUGAGAGGGAUGCCAGGCUUACAGCACUGCAUAAUGAAAAUAAGAUGCUGGAGAGGAACUACAAACAGAUGCUGCAGAGUCUGGUGGACAUCGAGCAGGACCAUGAUGCAUUGCGCUGGAAGGAAGAAAAGGUGGCUCUUGUGCGUCAGCUGGAUCAGAAGAGCCGCUAUCUCAAGGAACAGAAGGAUGACGCCAAGUAUUCCCUGAAGAAGAUACAGUCACUACAACAUGAUGUGGGCAAACUGAACACGCAGAAGUGUAAACUGGAGGCAACAUUGAAGAAAGAACGUGAAGACUACAAGAAGCGAGAAACACAGUAUUUAAAUCAGAUUCAGGCAAUUCAAGCACAGUUUGACCAUGUUUUGGAUGAAAAGAACAAGAUGCAAACAGUAUCUUUAUCAAAGCUCACUAUGGCUCGCCCACAUUUAGUCUCCGAGCCCAUGUCACUUGGUCCACCGUGCAGACCGAUGAAUGUUCCAUGGAAGCAGGCAUACAGCGAGGUGUCAUUGGUUGCCGACGGUGACCCGUCGUUAGCUCCGCUCGUGGAAGAGGUCGUGGGUAAGAGUGCAGAAGAUAAAACGUCUAAACAGGAGUUUGUCUGUAAGCACUGUCUGCGGACAGAUUUCUCUUCGCUGGAGAGUUUUCAGCACCAUUUGAACAGAUGUGGUGACUAGAGGGACAGAGUAUGCCGUUUGAGACACCCAGCCCAUAUCGCAUCUCAUUCUGUCCUGGAUCAUCUCACCCUAGCCUGCACCAUCCUGUCCAAAUACCAUUCUAUCCCUUCUCCUGUUUGCACAUACGCUGCUCUUCGCUUUCUCUCCCACAGGGACAAAUACAGGCUUUCCGCCAGAAAAUAAUACGAGAGUAGGAGGCCUACAUAAUAAAACCAAAAGACUUGUUAUGCAUUUGAAAUAGUUUGAAAUUGGACACAACAUUUUAUCUACUUAGGACAUUUUUUAAACAGCAAUUCUCUUGCUAUAGUAUAUCUAAAAACAUUUUAAAUAUAUAUAUCCAUUGAUUUUUCUAGAUUUUAGGAGACAAAAUUUACCUAUCAUACCCUCUGGCAGAAACCCUGAUACCUUUCCAGACCUAUGAUUGUAUUAUAAUUAUUCAUUCCAGUCAUGGUACCGGCCUCAGUGGCAUCGUGGUUAGGCCAUCAGUCUACAGGC